AUGACACAACUCAAACCCGUGGCCGGGACGGACUACUACCUCUGGAAGUACCUCCCGUCAGUCCCAGCUUCAGCCGCAGCCAUCAUCUUGUUCGCAGGCGCCACCGCCGCUCUUUGCUUGCGCAUACACAGGACGCGGACUUGGUUCUGCAUCCCCUUCGCCGUUGGUGGACUGUUUCAAGUAAUCGGCUUUGGUGUUCGCAUAUUCGCUCAUUACCGUACCGAUCUCAUUGCGCCGUACGCAGUCCAGAGCUCCUUCAUCCUAUUGGCGCCGGUCUUAUAUGCCGCCUCCAUCUACAUGGUCCUCGGUCGGCUCAUUCGCAGCGUACACGGCGAGCGCUUCUCCGUCAUUCGGCCCGCCAGGAUGACCAAGCUAUUCGUCGUGGCGGAUAUUCUGUCUCUGAACGUGCAGGGAAACGGUGCCGGGUUGACAGCCAAGGACAAGACUCAAAAGAUUGGGCAGUACAUAGUGAUCGCCGGUCUGUUUAUCCAGUUGAUUGCCUUUGGAUGCUUCGUCGCAGUCGCGUGGGUAUUCCACGCGAGGAUGCGGAGGUCCGGUGGGAAAGACACAAGCUCAUGGCCAAAUAUCCCAUGGAAACAAGGGUUGAGGAUGAUAUACUUCUGCAGUGCGUUGAUCAUGGUGCGAUCAGUCUUUCGGGUGGUCGAGUACAUCAUGGGAGUGGAUUCGUAUCUGCUGUCCCAUGAUUGGCCGGCCUACGUCUUUGAUGCGAUCCCUAUGUGGAUUGUGCAGAUGACUUUCUUUCUUUGGUUCCCAGACAAGUUCAAACCCGGGCGACGUGUUGGCAGUGAAGAUGGGCAUGUACUCGUGGAGAAUGAGACGCCGAUGCGGUAG